UAUCACAAUUUAACUCGUAUAAUAAAAAUUAUUAAAAUGAAAAAUAAACUGGACAAUAUUCAGAAUCAGAUUUUAGCUUGAGUGUUACAAAUGUAAAAAUGCGGUUUUGAUGGGUGCAAGAGGGAAACUAACUAGGUAGGCCACUCUCUGCAGUUGCACCAAUUGCCAACAGACCGUCACUUUGGUGCCAGAUUCUUUCUGUCUGGAGGCACAGUUAAAAAGCAGUCUCUCUAUCACUGGACCAGAGGACAAACAGUCUUACAGUACUGAAUCCAGACAAAAUGGCAAGCAAACUCACCCCUGAGCAGAUCACGGAGUAUAAAGGUGUGUUUGAGAUGUUUGACGAAGAAGGGAAUGGCGAUGUGAAGACUCAGGAGUUGGAGAGGCUGAUGAGUUUGAUGGGAAUCAACCCAACCAAAAGAGAACUGAGCCAAAUGGGUAAAGAUGUAGAUAAAGAUGGCAAAGGCACUUUUAACUGCAACAGCUUCCUGGGUCUUAUGGCUCUUUACCAUGAGAGAACAAAAAACCAGGAUGCUGAACUACGAGCCGCUUUUAAGGUGUUUGAUAAGGAGGCUAAGGGCUACAUUGACUGGAAUACACUGAAGUACGUCCUAAUGAAUGCUGGUGAACCUCUGAAUGAGGAAGAGGCUGAGCAGAUGAUGAAGGAGGCUGACAAAGAUGGUGAUGGAACGAUUGAUUAUGAGGAAUUUGUUGCCAUGAUGACAGGAGACUCAUUCAAGAUGAGCUAAAAUUGAAGUUAGAAGCUUCCGCAUGGCCAGUGACAUAGAACACAACUUGCUGGAUUAAUGGAUGAUUUCCAAAUCAUUAUUAAAUGUAUCUGUCCCAACUUCACAGUAAAACAUUGCAUCAAAUGUAUGGCAAUU